ACCUUGGAAGUGCCGGCUGGAAUUCUUUGCCUGAGCUCGGUGCUUGCAGUGGAGCUCCUUGGAAGCAAAGGCAGAGCUCGGUCUCGGGAAGGGAAUUUCGGUAUCCUGACGCCUGUUCCUGGUCUAUCCCAAGGGCGAGGGGGUCGCGUAUCGGGGCCGGAUCCUGGUGGAGCUGGAGACCAAACUGGUGGAGCACAUGGAGCAGAAGGUGGAGGAGAUUCCUGCCGAUGACAUCCUGAGGGUGGAGAAAUACCUGCGUCGACGGAAAUAUUCCCUCUUUGCCGCCUUCUACUCGGCCACGAUGCUCCAGGGCGUGGACGGCGCCAUCCAGUUCGAGGUCAGCAUCGGGAAUUACGGCAACAAGUUCGACACCACCUGCCUGCCCCUGGCCUCCACCACCCAGUACAGCCGGGCUGUCUUCGAUG